CGUUCACAGCUCUACCCACCAGCUCCAGGAAUGGACUGACUUUCUAGCUUCCCCACCACUGAAGAAUCCACUCGUUCCUCCACGACUCUCCACGGAUAAACGUUCAGAGUUUAUCUCCAGCUUUGUGUCGUUUUAAUUUAAAGUUAAUUAACAGUCUUAACGACGACACUGAUUUCUUUUUUCCACCACUCGCACGACUUCUUUGUAGCCGUUGGACGACUCAACUUAAACGAACCCGCAGACAUUUUGUUAUUUCUGAGAAUUAGACCGUUUUUUUUCUACUCCUCCUCUUUACUUUUUCAUCAGCACAGUCGCAGCUGAAAACAAGCGACCUGAGCAGCUUUGAAGGACCGCCACAAGACGAAGGAAGACACCGUUAUCCCCCUUGUUUCUCUAGCUUGAACCAACAAACGGUUCGCCUAACGUUUUUAUUUAAUUUUACACGCGUUGAGUUCGUGUCGCUGCCGCUGACGCUCGGUUAAACGCGGAAGGCUUUCAACUGCGAUGGAUCAUUUUGACUGACAGCUUUUGAAGAAUUAGCUAGCUUAAGCUAAAAUCUGCUGGUACGUUUCCUGUUGUCUGACACAUUAAACACGGUGUUGGGACAAGUGCAACUGAAUGGUCUAGCACCAACCAGACAAGGACUCUUAUACUUCGACGUGAAAUACUUAUAUUCGGCUUAAUUUUUGUUUUAGGGGGGGUCGCUAGCUACCGUUAGCAUCCUGUGCUAACGCUGGACAGCUCCUGUGCGAGGCAGGCAGGGCUAGCUUUGGACAAAGGACCAACGCAAGGAGAAAUAUAAACACAACGCACUCAGUUGAUUGGUGUUUGGGAAGGAGAGCUACAAACAAGGAAUUGACAUGAUGUUUCCACAAUCAAGACACUCAGCUUCAUCGCAGCAGCUGAAAUUCACAACCUCCGACUCCUGUGACAGGAUCAAGGAUGAGUUCCAGUUCCUCCAAGCACAAUACCACAGUUUGAAGCUCGAGUGUGACAAGCUGGCCAGCGAGAAGUCAGAGAUGCAGCGCCAUUAUAUCAUGUACUACGAGAUGUCCUACGGGCUCAAUAUUGAGAUGCACAAACAGGCUGAGAUAGUGAAGAGAUUGAACGGGAUCUGCGCACAAGUCCUCCCCUACCUGUCUCAGGAGCACCAGCAGCAGGUCCUGGCAGCCAUAGAGAGGGCCAAGCAGGUCACCCCCCCAGAGAUGAACUCCAUCAUAAGGCAGCAGCUCCAGGCUCACCAGCUGUCUCAGCUCCAGGGUCUUGCCCUGCCCAUGACCCCCCUGCCGCUGGGCCUGAGCCAGCCGACCCUCCCCGCCGUCACCACCUCCUCCGGCCUCUUCUCCCUCUCCUCCCUGCUGGCCUCCCAAGCCCAGCUGGCCAAGGAGGAGAAAGCGUCCCGCGAGGGAGUGGACAGCCACCGCGAGGAGGACGGAGACAAGUCCGAUUAAAAAAAAAAAAAAAAAAUGUAAAAAAAAGGUGUUCCGCAUUCAGCUCUGUUUUUGUCCAGAGACCUGAACCCCCAGAUCUGAGCCCCCUUUGACCUCCAGCCUCUCCCCUGGUCUCCCUCUCUCUCUGACCUUAGCUAACACGCUUCAGUCCCACCACCACCACCCCUAAACACCUCCUUUGAAUGGGAGGGCUUCGGCCCCUGCCCCUUAAAUCAGACGCUUCAUAUUUACUCCAAAUGUUUCUGUCUCGCCCUCACAGCGUCUCCUGUGUCUUUUCUUUCUAUGUGAUAAAGUUUCAGUUAUUUUGUGUUUUACUUUUUUAAAUCAAGACUGCUCUUUAUCUUCCUGCCUCCUGUUUAUUUUGCCUCUCUUCCUCCCACGCUCACACACCUCUUGCCUCUGUUCUAAGAUAGACUGAACUUGACACACACUACGUGUUACAACAGACUAAUUGUCACACAGGGUUCCUCCAAACGUGUGUGUGUUCCCUAGGAAGCGGCUCUGACAGAGAUCAGUAGUGGAGGUAUCUGUUGCAGUACAGUAUGCAUGCAUUCAUUCCCGUUCACACUAUGGAUUGUUACAGAGCAGGUCUUGAAGAUGGAAACACCCCACACACACUCCCAAAACAAAAACACAUGCUUGUAAGUGGAAUCAUGUAUUGAGAAGACAUCUCCAGUACACAAACUAGAGAUUUGUGUCCCUAAGUUAAAAUAAAAAAAGGAUAAGCACCUGCAAAUAUAUUCCUACUGAGCGCCCUCAGAGUAGAUAACAAACCCACCGUAGUAAAUAAACCCCCCCUCGUCACUUACCAUCCUCAUCUGACCCUGUGAGGUGCCUUAGAUAUAUCCUCCCAGCCCAUUAUCUGAAACCCUUUCUCCGGUAGCACGAGAUGCCGCCCGACUCCCACCACCUUCUGCAUCUUUAAUGUGCACUAAUAUUAGCACAGAGGGGGAGUGUGUGCAUGUUGUGUGUUUGACAGCAGAGGGCAGUGUGUGUCUUCCUCCUCUCCGAGUGAAAGGAGGACAGGACAAUGACAGAGAGCAGGCCGUGUCACCAGGGACAACGGUUUAUUUAUCCCUCCGGUGUGGACUAACUUAACACGCAGGGACCUGACUGGUGACAUUAAUCUGUGUGUGUAUGUGUGUGUCACGAUCUCCAGGCGAAGUCUUGGCUUUGUCUCUCAGCGUGAAACAGAAACACAACAUUGGAUCCCUCUGUGAAUUCAGAUCUAAAUACUGUACAUAUUCAGGUCUGUCACACAUCAACACUACUAGAAACCAAAUCUCCAUGACAGAAUAGCUUCUCCACACACACACACACACGAACACGAAACACAAAGCACAAGUGUCCUCCACAGCUGCUGAGUAACAAACUCCCUUCAGCCCCACAGGAUCUGUUUUCGGUUAUCUUGUCUGAUUAGUUCUCUCGUCAGGUGGAAGUUGGCCGAGACCAUCCUGGGAAUAAUGUCUGUGAACUCUAGCUGUGUUCAAGAUCUUGGUAUCAGAUCUUCAUAGCGCCCUAAGAAAUGCACGUAUUUGGCACAUGACAUAAAACCACAACACUGCACGUCAAACCUCUGUCUCCCAGAGUCAGGGUAGCAGUUAACACAUGUACAGUAUAAUCCUUAUGUUCCUGUCUCAAACUCACAUACACAAAGACCUCAAGGAACCUUCACAUAGAGUGAACACUGAAUUGACCACAGUUCUCUUUUCGUUGCACUUGGGUUUAACUAAUAUACCCUGCAACAUCAUCACAUGCUUUUACCAUCGCAGACUCUCAGAAUAAAAUCCUGAUUUGGGCUCCAGUGACCUAUUAUUAGAGUUGAAGUGGCCAUAAAACUCAGUCCAAGCUAAGUAACGAUCCAAUCAACAGCUGUGUGGCGAGCUGUGUGUGUAGGGGCUUAAAAGGGUUCAGUAGCAGUCACAAUGGCCCCCAUUAAAGUCUUCUCGCACAACAUUAGGUGACAUUUAACCACUCACAGAUUAGCCUGAUCAGUCGGUCGGUCCACAGAGAUGAUUUGGCAUGUUUUUUCUUUUAAGCGUUCAUUUGAAGACAACCUGUGUACAAAGUUGUUAUACACACCUGGACGGGGACACACACACUUUCUCAGCCUCCCCUCGCUGAUGUUAUGGCUACACUGUGAGAAUGAAUUCAUGUGGGGUGUGUAAAAAGCUUUUAUUUUGAAAAACCAUCUUGGGCAUGACGAUAAAGCACAUGAAGCAACAGUAUACACAUUGCACGUUCAGAAUAAAACCCUUCAUGUGUCUACAAGUUCAGAUGAGAAACUGUCGGUAGGGUGACUUCUGUGUUGUGGUGUGUGUGUGGAGGUGUGUGUAUAAACAGUUGUGCAGGAAUCGAUACACACACACACAGUUGCUGUUCUUACUCAAACUAAAGCUAACCUGCUAUUCUGCUUGCAGCACCUCCCCCUCAUAUACUGUACUCGUAGUGAUAUGCAGAGCAUGUAGACAAAGCCACACACACACACAGUGCAUGUCAGCGGGGGAGCCAACAUCGAUUGAUUUUUGGUGGAGACAUUUUUUUUUAAAUGAAUGUUUGGUCCAAAUAUUCUGUGAUCAAUGCACUUGGGUUUUUUUUUUCCUCCUCUUCUUUGUUUUUUAAAUAUUAAUCGAUAUGAACUAGAACGAGAGUUACAAAGCUGACGUUAUAAACAUACAAAUGAAAUUCUAUGUAUUUGUUGAAGUAGUUGGGGGCGCCGGUCUCCGUAUACAGUCAUAGAAAGCUUUAUGUGUAUAUAGCCGCAUCUUUUCCCGUCUGUCUGGAUGAUUCUCGUGCUAUUGUGUUACAAACACUGAUGUGACACCAGGGGGGAAACUGCAGUACGUUUAACCUUUGACCCUUUUCCUCUUCUCCGAACCCCCCUUAACUCCCCCCACCCCGACUUUUUUGCCCCAUAGCGUGAAGCAUUGUAAGCGUUUUGAGCUUUGUAAAGGUCUUUUUUUAAAUACUUAUUUUGUGCAUAAUGUAAAACCUGAAAGUGUGUACUUUGGCAAAAAAAAAAAAAUGUUUUGUGUCUGAAAUCAUAGCUUCAUUGAAAAAAGAAAAAAACAAACUAUAAAAAACAAACAUUUACUAUAAAUAAUAUGAAAUGUUCUGCAGUAAGGAAGGACUUCUGGUGCCUUACAAAUAAAGUCAAUCAAAUCAUAAAACAA